AUGAAGUUCAUUACUCUGAGCUCCGCGCUUCUGGCGCUAGGCGAGACGGCCGCCGCUCGCAUGUACGCCCGCGACAAUGCCACGACCACCCGUAACACCACUUACGACUACAUUGUCGCUGGAGGUGGAACCGCUGGUAUUGUCGCAGCUGAGAAGCUCGCCAACUCCGGCCGCAGCGUUCUCCUGCUUGAGCGAGGUGGACGUUCCUUCUACAUGACCGGCAACAACAAGACGAUGCCAUGGAACAGCACCGUCACUAUGUACGAUGUUCCUGGCAUGGCCGACCACACCGGCGCCUCCCCCGAUCUGCAGUACUGCAGAGAUCUUGCCAUUGCGGCGGGAUGCCUCCUCGGUGGCUCAACCAUGCUCAACGCACUCAUGUUCGUCAGGCCCCGCGCCGCGGACUUCGCGUCCUGGCCCGAGGAGUGGCACUGGGAGAACGGCAUCGCCGAUGCGGCUGCUGAGUUCUACGAGCGUCUUCCCGGUACCACCUUGGCUUCGGAGGACGGCAAGCGCUACGAUGACGGCGCUUUCGAGAUCAUGUCUCGCUUCUUGGAUGCCAACGGCUGGAGCGAGCAGGAUGCCCUGAACGAUGUUGAGGCUAAGGAGUUGAUGUACUCCCACCCUCCCUGGUCGAUCGCCCACGGCCUCCGUGACAGCCCUGUCCGUGCUAUCCUCCCCGACGCCGAGGCCCUCUCCAACUUCCACCUCGAGCUUAACACCAAGGUCCUCCGUGCCAUCCGUGAGGGUGGCCUGGUUACCGGCAUCGAGGUUGAGCACGACAGCGGUGCCCGCGAGAUCAUCAACCUGGCCAAGGGCGGAUCCCUGGUCCUGGCCGCCGGUUCCCACUCCACUCCCCGUGUCCUGUUCAACUCCGGCAUCGGCCCUGCCGCCCAGAUCGAGAUUGUUGCUUCCGGCAACACCAACAUCCAGCUUCCUCCCAAGGAGCAGUGGAUUGAGCUUCCUGUCGGCGAGAACCUCAAGGACCAUGCCAUUGCCACCGUCACCUUCACCACCAAGGACAAGCUUGUUGCCCUCCCCAGCACUGCCUGGACUAGCCCCGACCAGACCUCCAUCGACCUCUUCGCCCAAGGCAGCGGUCUCAUGGCUCAGUCUGGUCAACGCCUGAACUUCUGGACUUCCGUCAACACCACUGAUGGCGCUACCCGUCACAUCCAGGGUACCGUUCGUGCUGAUGCCAAUAACACCAUUGGCGUCAAGGUCUACCUCACCCACGGUACCACCUCUGUUGGCACUGUCGAGAUCACGCCUGAGGGAGCUACCAACAUGACCCAGAAGCCUCUCCUGCACACCGAGGGUGAUGUUGAGGCCCUGACUACCAUGGUUGAUACUCUCCUCCAGUACGCCCGCAAGCCUGACAGCAUUCUGAGUGUCCCUAAGAACGCCACUGCCGAGGCUCUUGUUGCUGCGGCUGGCAGCGGUAGCCACUACCUUGGCACUACCCAGAUGGGUUCUUCCAACGACGGCAAGAGCGUUGUCGACCCUGACACCAAGGUUUGGGGUACUGAGAACUUGUUCGUUGUUGAUGGAAGCAUGCACCCCGAGGUUCCUACUGGUAACACACAGGCUCCCAUCAUGGUCGCCGCUGCGUAUGCUGCUAAGAGAAUUCUGGACCUCCACGCGUAA